AUGGGCAAGUUCUCUAGACUAAGCAAGGGCAACGGCAAGCCUAAGAAGGCUACCAAGGCCGCUGGCGUGCCUCCCAAGGCCCUCCCUGUCACUCUCUUGUCUGGUUUCUUGGGUUCCGGCAAGACCACCCUUCUUCAGCACAUUCUCAGAGUUGAGCACGGCCUGCGCAUCGCCGUCGUCGUCAACGACAUUGGCGCUAUCAACGUUGAUGCUUCUUUGAUCAAGAAGACCCACCACCUCACAAAGACCGAUGAGAAGGUCAUUGCCCUCCAGAACGGCUGCAUCUGCUGCACCCUCCGUGGUGACUUGCUCGAGGAACUCGUCCGCCUCGCCCAGCUGCAGGAGUUUGACUACAUCAUCAUCGAGAGCAGUGGGAUCAGUGAGCCUGAGCAGGUUGCUGAGACCUUCGAUGCCCGUCUUGCUGAGCAGAUGGGCAUGUUUGCCGACGUCGGCCCCGAGCAGGGACUCGACCCUUCCAUGGUCAAGGUCCUCAACCAGCUUAAGGAAGCUGGUGGUCUUGAGAAGUUCGCUCGCCUUGACACCACUGUCACCGUCAUUGACAGUUUCACCAUGCUCAACGACUUUGACACCGCCGACUUGAUUUCUGCUCGCCGUGACGAUGUCACUCCUGAGGAUGAGAGAACCGUCUCCGACCUCAUGGUUGACCAAAUUGAGUUUGCUGACAUUAUUGUCCUUAACAAGAUCGACAUGCUUACCGAGGAGACCCGUGGUGAGAUUAGAGCCCUUGUCAAGAAGCUCAACCAUCGUGCCAAGAUCAUCGAGACCAACUACGGCAAGGUCGACGCCAAGGAGAUUGUCAACACCGGCCUCUUCAAGCUCGACGUUGCCCAGGCCGGCUACGGCUGGCUCCAGGACUUGCAUGCCAUGACCGUCCGUGAGGUCAACGGCCGCAACGUCGUCACCCCCAAGCCCGAGACUGAGGAGUACAACGUCCAGAGCUGCAUUUACACCCGCUACCGCCCCUUCCACCCCACCCGUCUCUACAAGCUGCUCUUUGACAAGUUCAUCCUGCAGCUCGAGCACGGCGAUGACGGUGACGAUGACGAUGACGAUGACGAUGAUGCCAUGGAAGGCCUCGAGCAGAGCAACGAGAUGGAGAUUGACGACGACAGCUCCAACAGCGGCAGUGGCAGCGCCGGCUCCCCCAAGAGCUCCGGCUCUACCGCCAACACUGUCCCCUCCCCCAACGCCCACAAGGACGAUGGCAUGGAGGUCGACCAGCUCGAUGCCCCCGACAACGCUACUAUCCUUGCCAACAAGCGUGCCCACCCUACCUUCAGGCGCCUCUUCCGCUCCAAGGGCGAGUUCUACCUUGCUACCCGUCCCGGCCGUGCUGGCGACUGGUCCCAGGCCGGUGCUAUGCUCACCAUGACUGGUGGCCGUCCUUGGUUCUGCACCAUCCCCGCUGAGGAAUACACCACUGGCGACCCUGAGGUCGACUCCCUUGUCCAGCACGACAUUGCCAAGGGCGGUGAAUGGGGUGACCGUCGCCAGGAACUCGUCUUUAUUGGCGAGAAACUUGACCACGAGGGCGUCGAAACCCUGCUUGACUCGUGCUUGCUCAACGACGAGGAGUUUGAGCAGUGGCAGUCUGUGAUGAGAGACGAGAACUUGAACGAUGAUGAGAAGAAAGACGAGCUUGAGGAGCUCUUUGACGACGGCUUCCCCGACUGGCCUGAGGACGAUGAUGAAGAUCACGAGGGUCACGACCACUCCCGCCCCCUACGCUCCAUCACCAAGGAGCUUCAGGAGGUUUCAUAA